CCUCCCCCGGGGUGGGCAGCGCAGCUCCGCCGCCGGCCCGUGCCCCGGCGAGCGCGGCGGGAGCGGGCCAUGUCGGAGGCGGAGAGCGGUGCCGCAGGCCCCCUUUAGGUACUGGAAGGUGCUCUGAGGUCUCCCUGGAGCCUUCUCUCCCAGCCUGUCUGCACAGCAGAGGUGCUCCAGCCCUGUCAUCAUCUCUGUGGCCUCCUCUGGAGCUGCCCCAGCUCAUCUGUGAAACAUGAGUGCCGAAACAGAUGCAGUUUCCACAUCUGCUUACUCAUCACCAGCCAAAAGCUUGGGAGACCCUGGAAUAACUCCCCUGUCUCCAUCACACAUUGUGAAGGACUCUGAUGCAGAGGAUGCUGUAGAACAGUUAUUUCUUGUUGUUGUGGCUAUUGAUUUUGGCACAACUUCCAGUGGCUACGCCUACAGCUUCACCAAGGAGCCAGAAUGUAUUCAUGUAAUGAGACGAUGGGAAGGUGGAGAUCCAGGUGUUUCCAACCAGAAGACCCCAACCACAAUCCUCCUCACACCAGAGAGAAAGUUCCAUAGCUUUGGCUAUGCAGCAAGAGACUUCUACCAUGACUUGGAUCCCACUGAAUCAAAGCACUGGUUGUAUUUUGAGAAGUUUAAGAUGAAGCUGCAUACCACUGGUAAUCUUACCAUGGAGACAGACCUGACAGCAGCAAAUGGCAAAAAAGUCAAAGCACUUGAGAUAUUUGCUUAUGCUCUGCAGUUCUUUAAGGAACAGGCAUUAAAGGAGCUCAGUGACCAAGGAGGCUCGGACUUUGAAAACACUGAAGUAAGAUGGGUGAUUACAGUGCCUGCUAUAUGGAAGCAGCCUGCAAAGCAGUUUAUGAGACAAGCUGCCUACAAGGCAGGAAUGGCAUCUCCUGAAAACCCCGAGCAGUUGAUCAUUGCCCUGGAGCCCGAGGCUGCCUCUAUCUACUGCCGAAAGCUGCGCCUGCACCAGAUGAUAGACCUGAGUAGUAGGGCACCUGUCAAUGGCUACAGCCCGAGUGACACUAUUGGAACUGGAUUUACACAGGGGAAGGAGCACGUGCGCCGGAACCGGCAGAGCCGAACCUUCAUGGUGGAAAAUGUCAUAGGAGAGAUCUGGUCUGAGCUGGAGGAAGGUGAUCGGUACAUCGUGGUUGACAGCGGAGGAGGCACAGUGGACAUGACUGUCCAUCAGAUCAGGCUUCCUGAAGGACAUCUGAAGGAGCUCUACAAAGCAACAGGUGGCCCAUACGGUUCUCUAGGUGUGGACUAUGAGUUUGAGAAGCUGCUGUGUAAAAUCUUUGGGGAAGAUUUCAUUGAGCAGUUUAAGAUCAAGCGCCCCGCGGCCUGGGUGGAUCUGAUGAUCGCGUUCGAGUCCCGCAAGCGGGCGGCAGCUCCCGACAGGACCAACCCCCUGAACAUCACCCUGCCCUUCUCCUUCAUUGACUACUACAAGAAGUUCCGAGGGCACAGUGUGGAGCAUGCCUUGAGGAAAAGCAAUGUGGACUUUGUGAAGUGGUCCUCCCAGGGAAUGCUGAGGAUGAGCCCAGAUGCAAUGAAUGCUCUUUUCAAACCUACGAUUGACCAGAUUGUUCAGCACCUGAGCGAGGUGUUCGAUAAGCCAGAGGUGACCAACGUGAAGUUCCUCUUCCUGGUGGGCGGCUUCGCCGAGUCCCCCUUGCUGCAGCAAGCCGUGCAGAGCGCGUUCGGCUCCAGGUGCCGGGUGAUCAUUCCCCAGGAUGUGGGGCUGACCAUCCUCAAAGGAGCCGUUCUCUUCGGCCUCGACCCCGCGGUCAUCAAGGUGCGGCGCUCCCCGCUGACCUACGGCGUGGGGGUGCUCAACCGCUUCGUGGAGGGCAAGCACCCCCCGGAGAAGCUGCUGGUCAAGGACGGCACGCGCUGGUGCACCGACGUCUUCGACAAGUUCAUCUCAGCCGACCAGUCUGUAGCCCUGGGAGAGACUGUGACCCGCAGCUACACGCCUGCCAAGCCUUCCCAGUUAGUGAUAGUGAUCAACAUCUACAGCUCGGAGCAGGACAACGUCAGCUUCAUCACCGAGCCCGGCGUGAAGAAGUGCGGCACGCUGCGCUUGGAUCUCACGGGGACUGACGCCUCCGUGCCCAACCGGCGCGAGAUCAAAACGUUGAUGCAGUUUGGGGACACUGAAAUCAAAGCCAUGGCUGUUGAUGUUGCCACCUCUAAAAGUGUCAAAGUCGGUAUUGAUUUCUUAAAUUACUGACGGCCCUUUCUCCCGCCACAGCCUGUUUGUGAGACUGAUCUUCCACUGUUCCGUUUUUUGACUUCGUCUGUCAUGUCAUCACCGUGAAUUUCAGCAGGCUACAUGAGAACAGCUAAGGUGGGGUGUGUUGUGUUUGUGUCCUUUGGUGACCAAGGACUGCCUUUUGAAAGACCCUUAAAAAGUUCUAGGAGCAAAAGUUCCAGAGGUAGUAAAAGUUACCGAGUUACUCACGCAUGCUUAAAGAUCUACCUUUAUAAAUAAACACUGAUUAUUGUUGGGUCCUGAAGGUUAGUUAAAAAAAUACCAAGUUGUAAUCUCUUUGCCUUGUCCUUCUUCCUCUUCCUCCUGAGAAAAACUCACUAACCCACGUGGCUGUUGUAGGGGGUAUAUCUGUGUGGGAUAUCUGUUUAAACAGCACCAUCCUCUGGCAAUGGGAACAAAUUAGUAGUUUUAUUGUAUUCUUUUGAUUUUGCCCAGUGCUUUCAGAAUUUAAAGUGCUGAAAAUUAAUGACUCAAAGAAAUAGGAUCUCAAUUGCUUAAAUUCUGUGUAAAGAAAAUCCCCAGAAAUUCUUAAAAUUAUAUUUAGGAAAUACAUAUAUGUUUUGGGGGCCUAAUAUUGAUAGCUCCAGGUUAAAAACAAGGCCUUUGUUGUCAGAGCUCUCAGAACAAGCUGUCAGAUUAAUUAGCUAGCAUUACCCUCAUUAUACUUUGGAAAAUAAUAUUAAGAACAAACCUAUUUCUCUUUUGGGUCUUCUAAACUUAUUUUAUUAGUCUCCAUCUGAAACCACAGAAUCACAGAGCAGUUAAGCUUGAGGGGGACAUCCAUUGACUGUCUGAUAAAACCUCUCCAUUCUAAGCACUAUCAGUCAGAAGAAGUUUCUUUUUCUAAUUUUAUGGUCUCCAAAAUGAAGAUCCCUGAACUCCAGGCAACUUUUUUGACAACCCUCACUGCAAAGGUUUUUUUUUCUUACGCUUUAAAGGAAUUUAUUGCGUUUAAAUUUGUGCAUGGUGCCUCUCUCUUGCUCCUUCACUGGAUACCUCUGAGAAGUCUGGCUCCAUCCUCUUUCCUGUCUG